ACAAAAACUGGGCCAAAACCACACCGUCGCCGACCGUCUCGUUUGCUCGCCAGCCGCCAUCAAACCGUCGACCACUCAUUAACAAGCUCCGACCAGCCUUCAUCCCAUAAUCCCGACCGAUCCAAAGCCCUUCCGCCUCGGCCGGGCUUCCCAUCAACCAAGAUGCGGCUUCCAUCUUUGAACCCUCUUUUCGCCGUCUCCACUCUCGCUACCCUCCUUCUACCCGUCGUUGUCACCGCCGAAUCUGUCCUCCGAUCGAGUUCGUUGGCCGCCUGUCAGGCAAGCUCGGGCUUCACAGCCAGUCUCUUCGAUGUCGUCUUCACGCCCAACAACAGGACCGUUGCAAUCGACCUGCUGGCCACAUCAUCCAUCGAGGGCUAUGUGUUGUUCGACAUCACCAUCAUCGCCUAUGGCUACAAGGCAAUUCAAACCACGGUUGAUCCCUGCGAGGCCAAAAUCAUGGGGUUAUGUCCCAUGGUAUCAGGAAAGAUGACGCACCCCUUCAACCUGGGACCCUUCGACAAAGAGGCGCUCGAUGUCAUCCCAGGCAUUGCCUACACAUUCCCCGACUUGGAUGCGACUGUCAGGGUCUACAUCAACAUGACGUCCGGAGAGAACAAGGGUCAGACCAUCGCGUGUCUGGAGGCCGAUGUAUCCAACGGAAAGACUGUUGAUCUUAUUGGCGUGAAAUGGGCUGCGGCUGCGGUGAUCCUUGUGGCUUUCAUCGCAUCCGCCAUCGUUGCGGGCCUGGGCUUCACCAAUGCCGCCUCCCAUAUUGCUGCCAACACCUUGGCUCUGCUCGCCUACUUCCAGUCUCAGGCCAUGAUCGGCCUCUGCAGCGUCUCGCUACCUCCCGUCGUGCAGUCAUGGACUCAGGAUUUCCAGUGGACUAUGGGUAUCAUCAGGGUCGGCUUCAUCCAAACCAUUCUGACAUGGUACCAGCGCUCCACUGGCGGAACAGCCUCCGUCAUUUUCGACACACUCAGCAUCGUGUCGGUUCAGGUUGAAAAGAUGAAGCGCUCAUUGCCGGUGCUGGAGCCUGCCGUCCAGGCCAUUCAGAAAAGGGUGACCGAUAUUGCUCACCACGCCAGCACUCUUGGAAAGCGUUCUUACGAAAAGACCGAAUGGGGCAGCUACAUCGUCUAUGGUAUCCAAAGAGUUGCCUUCCGGGCCCGGAUUGAGACAACCAACCUGUUCUUGACCGGCAUCACCUUCUUCUACAUCUUGUGCUUGGUCUUGGUCAUUCUGGUACUGCUGUUCAAGGUGGGCGUGGAAUUGGCUGUCAGGCUCAAGGUUUCCAAGGGCGACCGGUUUUCCGAGUUCAGGACCGGCUGGUUGACAACCUUGAAGGGCAUCCUCUUCCGCCUUACCUUGGUCUGCUUCCCCCCUGUUGUUAUCCUUUGCCUGUGGGAGUUUACGCAGGUCGACUCGCCGGGCGCCGUUGUUCUCGCCGUGUUCUUCCUUUUCAGCAUGCUCGGCGCCUUGAGCUACGCUGCUUUCAAAAUUAUCCAAAUCGCCCGGCGCAGCGUCGCGCUCCACCGCAACCCAGCCUACAUUCUGUUCUCGGAGCCUCGCGUUCUCAACAAGUGGGGCUUCUUGUACGUUCAGUACCGCGCUUCGGCUUACUAUUUCAUCGUCCCGACACUUGUCUACAUCCUGGUCAAGGGCAUGUUUAUUGCGCUGGCCCAACGCUCCGGUGUCGUCCAGGCUGUCGCCCUGAUCAUCAUUGAGGCAGCUGCCCUCAUCACCGUCAGUGUGAUCCGUCCCUUCAUGGACAAGUCGACAAACUCUUUCAACAUAGCCAUUUGCUCCCUCAACUUUGUCAACGCCAUUUUCCUCUUCGUUUUUACCGACGUGUUUGGUCUUCCCGGUCUUGUGAUUGGAGUGGUUGGUGUCGUUCUCUGGAUUGCCAACGCCGCCUUUUCGCUGAUCCUCCUGCUCAUGCUCAUCAUUACCACGGGUAUCAUUCUGUUCCACAACAACCCCGACACACGAUACCAGUUUAUGAACGACGACCGCACGAGCUUCAUCAAGUCCCAGACGCACAUCGCCACGACCUCGGAGUUGGAUGCGUUGGCCGCUACAGCGCGCGGAACUGGCAAGACGAUCGACUUGGACGAUGACGAGAGUGCCCGGUCGAGCCCUGCCAACGUCGGUGGGCUCCCACGCCCUGGCACAGCAGGAUCCAACACGAGUCCCAAUCGGUAUUCCCUCAAGAGCGUCAGGGACUCGGCGAGGAAUAGCGUGAGGAGUUCCAUGAUUGUUCCAGGCGGCGUCUACAUGUCGGAGAAACCGGGUGGACAAGGCCACCACCUGAGAAAUCAGCCCAGUGGGAGUGUCAGGGCACCGAGCCCCUUGACGGCGUCGGGGAGCGACGGCAGUUUACCAAAGACUUCGUCACCACCAAAGCCGCAAGGUGGAAAUCAAUGGCAACGUGGCGCCGGGUACGACUAG